ACCGGUUUAGCAGACGUUCGCAAGUGUGACAAGAGUUGUAUGUUGUGGAAGACCUGCUAUAGAUGUUAUGGCCAGCCACAGACUCAGAACUACUGGUGAGGUAGGUGUGUUCUUUAUCUAUGACCAUGAUGUCUUGAAGCGAGAGGAAGAUGACAUGAAGGAUGCUAUCCUCUACUUUUAUCCUCCAUAUAUUCCUAUAGAUGACCAGUGUUCUGUAUGUGGUCAGCUGAUGGGUGUGGCUGAAUUCCUACGUUCAGCUAUCAGUAGGUCUGCACCGUCAAUUUUCAAACUACAUCAGGAGAAAUAUUGUCUCAAGCGCGUGAGAAACUACACAUUUGCUUUAGAAGGUCACCCCACAGACAGUAACGAAUUGCUGAAAAGACAACUUGGUCAUCUCUACGCAGGUUUUGUCUUUGUCUAUGGGGACAUCGACAACAUCAGACAGCAAUUCCAUAAUCAUUUGGGAUUUCUGGCAGAGAUGAAGGCUUUAUGGGACAUGUUGUUCCCCUCCAGCAGUUGUCUCAGUGUCAGCCACAUAGAGAGAGUGUUCCAGGUGCUUCCUUCUGUCGAGGUAUAUAGUGACCUGUUUCUUCAGGCCUCUAACAUUCUUCAGUCCAGCCAGCGAAGGCCUGGUGUCAUACUUGGUGCUGUACUGUACAAACAAAGAGUUUUAUGUACACAGAUGUCCCCAGAGCUGACAAGGAAGCUCAUUCUUAUCCGUCCAGAGCUACCCUGUGCUGAAAUAAAAACAGACUUUCCACUCCCUGGAGGUGUUAGACUAACCACGGUUUACCUAACAGAUGUAGAGUAUUCCGCUAUUAGACCACAGCACAGUCUGAAUUCACAGGGACAUUACCGACACAGUGAAAACUCAAAGUUUGUCUGGAGUAAAACUGCACCAGGUGGCAGCACUGUCAGAAAAUCUGAGUCUCCUAGACGUUUUACAAAAGAUGAGUCAAAUACAAGAAGGCCCAGCUCAAGAAAUGAUAGGACCUACAGCGGAAGAAAUUCCAAUAUGGAAAUUAUUCCGGAAAUUCCUUCUGUUGUGCUGUCUGACACUACUUACAUGGAAUGUAAAGAUAGGUUGGAAAUAGCGGGGAAAUCCAGUGAGGCAAAAACAUUAGAAGAAUGGAAAGAAACUGAGCGAGCAGAACAAAGGAAAGAUUUUAUCAGGGAAAAAAGUUAUUCAGAAUCAACUCGACGGAGAAUUAUAGUUACAGUUUCUGGAGAAGAUGAUGAAACUAUUAGUGAUUUAGAGGAUAAUGAGACAAAAAACUCUCAGGCUGAAGGAAAGACUUCUGAUAAUAGUAUUUCUAGAACAUUGACUGCUGACAUCAUUGUUCACCAUUGUCAGGAUGAAAUUGUCGAGAAAAUUGUUGGAAACAACAGCGAAAAACUGCCAAAAAUUGUCACAGAUCACGAUAGUUCAUUAGUUGGUGAUGUGGAAAAUGACCAACACCUCACGAACAAUUUAUCAGCAAAACAAAACAGUGACGGACCAGGAAAUGAUGAAAAUGAGAUUAUGAAACAGACUGAUGUGUCACUUAUGCCACAUUCAAAGGGACACAACUCUCCCAGAAAUGUGAGGCAGCCGUCCACAGAGUUUGUGUCCGAGUCUGAAGAAACGGGCACAGAAAGUGUCUUUGGAACUUCCGUUUUCAGCGGAGAUGAAUCUUUUAUGAGCUAUUUGUCUUCUCCAGAAAAUGAGGAAAAUAAAGAGACAAUGGUUUUCAGGGGAGGUAUGUAUGAGACGACAGGUGGAGAGGAAUCUAGUGUCGAGGGAGGUGUAGUGGAAAACAGGGACAUGCAAAGUGUUCCUGGUCAUGUGACUUUAGACACACCAGAUACUUCCAUUGAAACUUUGCAUAAUUCUGGAUCAUUUGAAAGUCAGAUCACACAAUCAGCUGUGGAAAGUAAUGAUGGUUUAUCUUCUGAUUGGUUACCAGAGGAACAUGGUCUGCAUGAAUUGACACUUUAUAUCCAAAGUCACUCUGAUGUUUGUCUCAUGUUACUGAUGGAGGAGGAAUCGGCGUCCAAUGAAAAUGUUUUGAGUGCUCUGUAUAAAAGUUCCCUUACCGGUAUGGCUGAAUUGGAUUACUAUGUAAAGGAGUGUAUAGCUCAAUCCACUAACGAGGGUUUUAUGGACAACUAUAAUUAUCUGAGAUACGAUUCCUUUUUCCAGACAGUGAAAG